ACUGUCUGUCAUACCUUCCUCCUCCUUUGCUGAAUGCUACUGCGUUUUCUAGGUCACAAAAUCAGGUUUUCAGAAGGGUGGUCUGUUUUCAGCUGAUUAGCAAUGGUGGGCAGUUCAUGUGACAAUUGGUCCAUGGGAGAACCCCCUAAACUGUCGAGAGAUAACUUCAUUAUUUGGAAGAACAGGAUGAUAGCCUUUCUAGACUGUGUUGAUAGUAAUCUAUUAACCACGAUCAGAGAAGGACCUCAUGCUCCUGCCAUUCCAGCAACAUGUCUUGACAAUGAGAAAGUUGCCUUGGAGCAUAAGGCAAAGCACAUUAUCGUCAUGUCCAUCCCUGAUGACAUAUAUUGCUUCGUAAUCAGCUGUGAAACAGCUAAAGAAAUAUGGGAUUCUCUGGUUGUCUUAUUUGAAGGGACUGAUGAAGUUAGAGAACAAAAAGGGUAUCUUUUAGCUCGACAGCAUGAGGUGUUUACUUCCAAGCCUGGUGAAUCCAUUACUGAGACGUAUUGUAGAUAUAGUUGUCUACUAAACGAUCUCGAACAGCACAGCAUAGUAUUUGAGGAUGAAUAUGUGGUGGAAACUUUCUUGAACAGUCUGCCCCGUCAAUGGAGUCUUAUCUCCAUGGUUAUCAGAGAAUCGAAAAACUUCAAAACCAUGUCUCUUCAGACUCUUUAUGGGAAGCUGUGGAGCCAUGAGAUCCGGAACGAGAUGACCAAAUUGAGUGUGAUCCAGCCAUGUCAUGGCUCUGAAUGCAGGAAGAAGCAAACAGAGAACAAAGUUGUGGUGAAAGAUGAAGGGUACUUAAAACUGAAGGCCAAAUACUUGAAACUGAAGGCCAAAAGAGAUGCAGAAAACAAAAGGUCAACUGAGGUGGGCAAGACUUAGUUCAACAUAUCUCUAGGUGCAGGUCAACCAUGAUGAGAAUUACUGUAAGUUUCUCAUAAUUAUCUCUACAUUUUGGGUUACUUUUAGUCAUAUAAAAACAUGUAUGAUUUCCCUUUUGAGAACGAUUGCGCGCCCCGUUACCAAAUGAACCAUUCAACGCGUGUGUUUUUGUUACUUUAAAGUCACUCGUAAAAGGGACCGAAACCGGUUACAGAAGGGCUGGUUGGGACUUGUUUGUCCCUACUAUUUAUCAGCAUUCUAAAACGUUCGUCGU